CAGAGGCAAUGCUACUUACAAUGAGCCCGCAAAGCAGCAAUCAAAGCCUCGCGACGGUCGAGACGGUUAUGCGCGCUCCAAUCAAACCCAAUCGCUUUGCCACAGUAUCAGUUUAUACCUCGAUAAUAAUAUUUCGGGCCCUGCAACUUUCCCGUCGGACAGCCUGUGGGAUGAACAGCAGGUCGAACGUUCAUUCGAAAGGCGGGCCCGCCUCUUGACCCAAAUACAUUCAACAUCCAUUUUUGCACAGUCUUAUUUCAUAAACUUGGAUACGCAAAGCAACUGGGGUUUGAGCUUGGAGCACUGAAAGCAAAACCUGCGAAACUCCUGCUGCAAACGAUUGGCCUCGCGUGUGAUAGUCCUCAGAUUUCCAACGCUUUACACACACGUUUUCUUUGAGUGUAUCGAACCUCUGAGUGGUCGGCUUCAACACUGCAACAUCCAGCGCAGCGGUCCAGGGGCUUUUAGACAAGCGCGCUUCCUUACUACCAGAGCAGCUGCACCUCGCGAUCACCAUUGCUGGGGUGUGGCAAAAAUGACUGUGCCGAGCGUGCCAGGCCAGUCCUCUGGCGCACGCGAACAUCGCCCCGGUCACCAUCAGCGGGACCUCAGGCGCAGCUUUGAUGCGUCAGGGAGCGCUCAUCAUGCCGAGGCCCCGACCAGCAGCGCAGCUCAGGAUCAGCGUGGGAAGCACCGGCGGUGCAGGCUGCGCCAGUGGACACGCCGCUCCCUAGGGCGGACACGGCUGCUGGGCGCGUUCGCGCCGCCCUGCCUCACCUCCCCACCGCAGCUGGCGCUGCUGCUGGUGCUGCUGCCAGCGCUGCUGCAUCCCAUUGAGCUCUCGGUGUCUAGAGCCCUGUACGGAGCCGGGGAUGCAGGGGGUCUAGGCAAAGGCAACGGCGGCGGCGGCGGCGGCGGUGGGGCGUGGACACCGACCUGGCGGGCGCCGCCAUCCCCCCUGGCUGGCGCCGCGGCGCAGGACGCGGGUGCCGGUGCCGGUGCCGGUGCGGGUGCGGGUGAGGGCGCUGGGAGUCAGUGUGGGCCGCGGUACACAGGGAUGGUGGAGCUGGCGGCGGCGACCUGCAGCAGGCACGAGUACACCCCCGGCAACUACACCAUGUUCCUGGACUCGCGGCACCGGCAGCUGGGCCAGAGCGGCCUGGGCGACCGCGGCCGGCUGCUGGCGGCGCUGCAGCGCUACCGCGAGGGCGGGAACCUCACGGUGGGCGUCGUCGGCGGCUCCAUCGCGGCGGGACAGGGCGCGCAUGAUGCCCCCGCCUUCCCGUACUGGCUCAAGCAAAUCCUGGAGUCGCAGCUUCCGGGCGGCUCCGGCCGGGUGCGGCUCAACAACGGCGCCAUGCCGGGCACCAGCAGCGCCUACAUGAGCACCUGCCACAACGUGCACGUGCCUCCGGACGUGGACAUUGUCAUUCUGGAGUACGCCCUCAACGACGAGGAAAUGCCCAUGCCGCACAUGAACAACGGGGUGCGGCGGCCCUUCGAGCGGCUGGUCCGCAAGCUGCUGCAGUACCCUCGGCGACCCGCGGUGGUGCUGAUGCACUCGUUCCGCUGGUUCCAGGACCCCGUCAGCAGCACCGGCCAGUUCUGGUCCUCCAGCGAGCGGCAACACGGGGAGUUCGGGGUGUACUACGGGCUGCAGCAGCUGAGCGUCAAGGCCUGCUGCUACCACCUCAUGCGGGAGGGUGGGGGUUCGGGGUGAGGAUUCGGGUUGGGGAGGUUGGGGAGGGUUGGGAUG